CAUGGGAACUUUCAGGUCCCCUGAAACUAGAGUUAGAGACAUUCGUGAGCUGCCAUGUGGGUGCUGGGAGUUGAACCUGGGACCUCUGGAAGAACAGCCAGUUCUCGUAACCACUGAGCCAUCUCUCCAGCUCCCGAGGUGUGCUUCUUACUGUGCCUUUUCACUUGGCUGGAGUUAGACAGGUCUUAUCUCCAGUCUCCCUGAUUUCCCAUAGGUAACAGACACGUGAUGGGGACACAUGCUAGUCUUCCAAAGGAGGCUGGUUGGGGGUGUCCAAAGGAGGCGGGGCAGGCCUGGUAAUGAGCUAGAGGGCUGGACUCCCAACCAGUAAGAACUAUGUAACAAAAGGACAAGGUCCAGGGGACAAGAGAAGUUGUUGGUAGUACCUGGUCAUAUUUGGGGAGUAGGCAGAUCCUGUUAAUAGCGGGAAGCUAGGGCUUCGGAGCUCUGGGUCGAGUUGGGACUACACGGCUCUCAGCCACUUCAGAAAGAGUCAGUGCCAUGGGUGUUUGGCCGAAACUGAUUUUCCUACUACUGUUGCUGCUUCUGCUGAUUGGCCUGAGGCAGCCCCCAUGGCCAGCAGCUAUGGCCCUGGCCCUCCGUUGGCUCCUGGGAGACCCCACGUGCUUUGUGCUGCUUGGUUCGGCCUUGUUGGCCAAACCCUGGAUCAGCUCCUGGAUGCCCCACUGGCUGAGUAUGGUAGCUGCCGCUCUCACAUUAACUCUGUCGCCUCCACAGCCACCCCCGGGGCUCCGCUGGCUCCACAAGGAUGUAGCCUUCACGGUUAAGAUGCUCUCCUGUGCCUUGAAAACUAGGCAAGCCCUUAACAAGCGACCUCCAGAGACCUUUGUGGAUGCUUUGGAGCGACAGGCACGUGAACGGCCUGACCAGGUGGCCUUAGUGUGUACGGGGUCUGGGGCCGGCUCCGUCACCAAUAGGCAGCUGAAUGUCAGGGCCUGCCAGGCAGCGUGGGCACUGAAAUCAAAGCUGAAGGAUGCCACCAGCCAGCAGGCCCGAGACAUUGCUGCCCUGUUAGUGCUCCCCUCCAAGAACAUCCCAGCUUUGACUGUGUUUCUGGGGUUGGCCAAGCUGGGUUGCCCUGUGGCCUGGAUCAACCCACAUGGCCGCGGGAUGCCCCUGCUACACUCUGUGCUGAGUUCUGGGGCCAGGGUGCUUAUUGUGGACCCAGACCUGCAUGAGAACUUGGAAGAAAUCCUCCCCAAGCUGCUAGCAGAAAACAUCUGCUGUUACUACCUUGGCCACAGCUCACCCACUCCAGGUGUGGAGGCUCUGGGGGCUGCCCUGGACUCAGCACCUUCGGACCCAGUACCUGCCAGUCUCCGAGCUAAGACCCAGCGGCGAAGCACCGCCUUACUCAUCUAUACCUCAGGAACCACUGGACUCCCAAAGCCAGCCAUUGUCUCAUAUGAGCGAGUCUCACUCAUGAGCAAGAUGACGUCGUUCUGUGGGGCCACCUCGGAUGAUGUGGUCUAUGUUGUUUUACCUCUGUACCAUGUGAGUGGCCUUGUCCUCGGAGUCCUGGGCUGCAUAGAACUUGGAGCCACCUGUGUCCUGGCCCCCAGGUUCUCUGCCUCUCGCUUCUGGGCUGAUUGUCGACAGCACCGUGUGACGGUGAUCCAGUAUGUGGGCGAGGUCCUUCGAUACCUGUGUAACGUACCUGAGCAACCAGAAGACAAGAAACAUACAGUCCACUUGGCAAUGGGCAACGGGCUUCGGAAAGAUGUGUGGGAAACCUUCCAGCAACGCUUUGGUCCCGUUCGGAUCUGGGAAUUCUACGGCUCCACAGAGGGCAACAUGGGCUUAAUGAACUAUGGGGAACGCUGCGGGGCAGCGGGCAAGACCAACUGCUUCCUUCGAAUGCUGAGUCCCUUUGAGCUUGUACAGUUUGACAUGGAGACGGCAGAGCCUUUGCGGGACAAACAGGGUUUCUGCAUCCCUGUGAGGUCAGGGGAGGCAGGACUCCUGUUGACCAAGGUACUAAAGAGUCAACCCUUUCUGGGCUACCGUGGUCCCCAGGAACAGUCCAAGCGGAAACUGGUUACGGAUGUGGGGCGCAGAGGAGACCUCUACUACAAUACUGGAGAUGUACUGUCCUUGGACAGAGAAGGCUUCUUCUACUUCCGGGACCGCCUGGGCGACACCUUCCGGUGGAAGGGUGAAAAUGUAUCCACUCGAGAGGUGGAGGGAGUGUUGUUGAGCUUAGAGUUCCUACAGGAAGUCAAUGUGUAUGGCGUGCCUGUGCCAGGGUGCGAAGGUAAGGUUGGCAUGGCUGCUGUGAAGCUGGCUCCUGGGCAGACGUUUGAUGGGCAGAAGCUGUACCAGCACGUCCAUUCCUGGCUCCCUGCUUACGCCACACCUCAUUUCAUCCGCAUCCAGGACUCCCUGGAGGUCACAGGCACCUUCAAGUUGGUGAAGGUACAACUGAUGCGUGAGGGUUUUGAUGUGGGAGUCAUUGCUGACCCCCUGUACAUACUGGACAGCAAGAACCAGACCUUCCGGAGUCUAACACCAGACACGUACAAGGCUGUGCGUGAGGGAACGUGGAAGCUAUGACCUCCUCACCUGAAAGGCUAUCCAAAAGUGUGGGAAUCGAUACUGGCCAGGGUUCUCGCCGUCAACGUCACAAAGUUGUCAGGAUCCCAGAUGCCCGUGGCCUAACAUCACUUAGGGAAUAAACUUGA